AUGCUGUCCUCUCCAUCCCGCAAUCUUCAGGCCCGCCAACGCGCGACUCACCGACGGCAAAACUCGACGCCGUCCGCCUUUGAGCCGGCCAAGAUCCCAGCCCUGCCCACUGUCCAGAACCGACAGCGAGCCCUCGGCCACCGCCGGGGCCUCAGCUUGGACACACGACGCCAACACCUGUCGCCCGCUUCCGCCGCGGCCGCGACCACCACGACACCAACAAGGCAGGACUUUGCAAUGGUAAGCAACACUAACAACACAGCAUCACCGCAGCAUGUGCUGCGAGAAGCGCAGCAGCAACGCAUUCUAGCACGCCCGGGCCCCCACCAGCAGAACCUCUCCAGGUCUCACACGAGACAUCUCAGCCACCACCACCAACAACAGCAACAACACCCGCUGCGACGCCAGCAACACCAGCAGCAAAACUUCAUGGCCGCCGCCAAUGACCACGACAACGGCUACGUCAUGUCGCCUCACGGCACCCCCCAGCACCAGCGCUUCGGCGCCGCCUGCUUCGACAACAGCUCCUCCCCUGUCCCCUUCAACCCCUACCAGGGAGGAGGCAUCAACGUCAUGGUCCCCAUGAAGGACGAUCCCGCCUUUGUCGGCGCCAUGAUGAACGACAAGGACUUUGACCUCUUUGGCGCCGACGCCGAUCUCUCGUCGCCCGCCUUCAUGGACUUCAACGAGAGCCCAACCUCCGCUCAGCCCAUCUGGGCCCCCGAGGGCGACGCCGCCGCCGCAACUCUCAGGCGCACGACCCGCAGGAUCAGCAACGGCAUCCUCGACCGUGUGGCCAAGUUUGAGACCAUGGGCGGCGAGCCCUCGAGGCCGAUAACGCCCCCUCAUCAAAACGGAAACGGUCAGUUCCUUCCCGCGCGCCUUUGCUCUGAUGAAACUGCUUCGCUCACACAUGGGCCAGGCUAUUUCCCUCCUACGCCCAUGGAGACCCCCCAUGACCGUAUUGUCAAGCAGCAGCCUGAGCAGGCCUCAAGGCCCAGCAGGUUCUCUGACGAUUACGACGAGUCCAUGGAGGAGACCCUCAAGCCCGUCCGUGGCAAGCCAACCUCGAGGGCCCAGAAUUCCUUUGACGGAUUGACCGAUGACCUCGGCGUCUCGCCCGGCAUGUCCCAGAACUCCGCGCCCCACACUCCUCACAGCGCCGUCAUGAACAACGGCUACCAUCCCGGCCCCUUUGACAACCCCGACCUCCGUCUGCCUCACCACGACAGCCCUGCGACGCCCUCUCUCUCGCGCACGCAAUCGCUCCGUGGAACCCCUCACCGCCGCACCGACUCCCUCGCCAGCAUCGUCAGUGCUGCCAGCAUCUCCGGCAUCAACAUUGAGGAGACCAAGACCGAGACUGGCGUCACGACGGAUGACAUUGCCAUCUACAUCCAGGGCCCUGAUCCCGCCGACAACAAGUGGAUGUGCUUGUUCGAGGACUGUGGCAAGAAGUUCGGCCGCAAGGAGAACAUCAAGUCGCACGUCCAGACCCACCUCAACGACCGCCAGUACCAGUGCCCCUCGUGCCACAAGUGCUUCGUCCGCCAGCACGACCUCAAGAGGCACGCCAAGAUCCACACCGGUAUCAAGCCUUACCCUUGCGAGUGCGGCAACAGCUUUGCUCGCCACGACGCCCUCACGCGCCACCGCCAGCGCGGCAUGUGCAUCGGCGCCUUUGACGGCAUCGUCAAGAAGGUUGUCAAGCGCGGUCGCCCCCGCAAGCACCGCCCCGAAAUGGACGAGCGUGUCAACAAGUCCGCUCGCACCCGCUCCAAGAACCAGUCCAUCAGCUCCAUUUCUUCGCAAUCCGGCUACUCUGACACGUCCGGUGCCAACUCGCCCGAGAACUACAACCCCAUCUCCGACAAUGACUUCGCCGCCAUGACCAUGGACAUCAAGCAGGAACAGCAACACGCCCGACACGCCCGGCCCAUGCCUUUCGAGACCGUCUCCAUGUCGUCGGCGCCCAUGUCCUCCGCCCCGAUGCCCUCGCCCCCGCCCGCCCGCGCCUCUCCCCUGCACCACCACGAGAACGACCUGGACGUGGCGCCCUCGCCUUCCGUCGCCAGCCACGUCUCCUCCUUCGUCUCGCCCGAGGAGAUCAUGGACCACCCCUCUGUGCACUCGCAUCAUGACGCGUCCCCGACCAAGAGCACCCCUAGCCAGUACAACACGCCCCCUGAGCUCUCUCAAUCCUCCUCGCCCCCGCCCCACCACUUCUUCGACGCCGAGCCUGGCAGCGUCAGCUUUGCUGAUGACUCGCUCCUUGCUGGCAUGCGCACCAGCUCGGCUGGCGGCCUCGGCAGCGCCGGCAAUCUCUCAGGCCUCGGCCUCGGCGACCACGAUGAGGAGCUUCUCAUGAAGGCCUUUGACGACAAUCUGGGCGCCUUUGACCGCGACCCCAACGUGCUCAUGAUGAGCGACUUUGACGAUGCCGUUGACAUGUUCACGAACGGCGACGACGUCUUCUUCGGCACGUCAUGA